GCUCCGCCCUCCGCGCCGCGUCGCGUCGCGAUGACGUAAAGGGCGGCGAUGGCGGCGGCGGCGGCGGCGGGGAAGGCGCAGCGCUACGAAGCCUUCGUCAGCGACGUGCUGCGCCGCGACCUCCGGCGGGUGCAGGAGCAGCGGGACGGCGUCUUCGAGCAGCAGGCCCAGGUGCUGCAGCUCCGCACCGCCCUCUGCCGCCUCCAGGAGGCGGCCGCCCCCCUGCGCACCCAGGUCGACCUCGGCUGCAACUUCUUCGUCACGGCAGAAGUCCCAUCCCCACAACGAGUUUUCGUGGCUCUGGGCUACGGGUUCUUCGCGGAGCUGACGCUGCCCGAGGCCCUGCGCCACCUCGACCGCCGCAGCCGCCUCCUCGACCGGCUCAGCGAAUCCCUGACGAGGGACGGGGCCAAGAUCCGGGCCCACAUCAGGCUGGUGCUGGAGGGCCUCCGGGAGCUCCAGGGUCUCCAGGACCCUCCGACGACCCCUGACCCCUGACGGCCCCGCCCACCCUGGACGCCUGGGAGUACCGCGUGUGUAAGCCCGUAGUAACGGCUGCGCAAACCUGUCGUAGCGCCCGUGUAAACCUGGAGUAACUUGUGUGUAAAGUCGGAGUAAAGUGUGUGUAAACCUGGAGUAACCCGUUUUUAAACACUUUGGAGUAAAGUGCGUGUAAACCUGGA